AUGUUUUUCAGAUCAAGUUCCAAACCAGACCCCGUCCCCUUUCCCUACAAGUAUUCUGUUGGCGAUUUCGAUAGACAAAAGCACAGCUUCAAUGGAGCAGAGUUUGUAUGUAUGAAGCGUCCUGUGGCGUCUUCAGAAAACAAAAAGAAUAAAGGUUUCGUGAAGGCCCGUGUGUUGAUAGUACAUGGAUUCUCGGAACAUACUUUGCUUUACACUCGUGUCAUGGAUUACCUGAGCCGCGUAGGUAUUGAGUCGUUUGUUUUCGAUCAAAGGGGCUCGGGUCAAACUUCUCCAGGAAAGCUGAAAGGUUUGACCGACGAAUCGCAUACUUUUCAAGACCUCGAUCAUUUCAUCGAAUGGAAUUUAGAGGACAAGUCAAAAGAGACGCCACUUUUUCUUUUUGGCCACUCCAUGGGCGGUGGGAUUAUCUUGAACUACGGGUGCAGUGGUCGCUACAGAGAUCAAAUCGCUGGCAUAGCCUGUACUGGACCUCUUGUUAUUUUGCAUCCACACUCAGCCCCCAGGGCUAUUGUGAGUUUUCUCUCUCCAGUUAUUGCGCUAUUGUUACCGCGGUUUCGAAUCGAUACCGGCCUCGACUUGAAUGCUACGACAUCAGACGCUCAGUAUCGCGAGUUUUUGAGCCGUGAUCCAUUAACAGUCCCGCUCUAUGGGUCUCUGAGGCAAAUUUACGACUUUUUAGAACGUGGAAAGAGGCUAGCACGGGAUAAAACGUACGUGGCUAAAUUCCAAACGCCUGUUCUUAUCAUGCAUGGUCAGGAAGACCAAAUUAAUGACCCCAAAGGAUCGCAAAUGUUUUACGAUAUCUGUACAGUAUCCGACAAACAACUAAAGUUUAUUCCAAAGGCACGGCACUCGCUAUGUUUGGAAGAAGAUGCGAUUUUCGAGGAUAUGGCAGACGGCUUGAAAAGUUGGAUACUUGAGCACGCGACACAGAGGCCUUGA